AUGGCGCAGGCAAGAGUGACAGAGUUCUUCGCUACGAGAAAAAAGAGACGGGCUGAACAGCCGUCAAAACGGAGAAAAGUUGAUUUUACUGAAACAGCACCUGCCCUUUCAUUUGAAAAUACAGGACCGGUAAAAUUAUCCAACACUGACGUAAAUGAUGGAUACAGAAACGUUGAAGAUACAGUUGAAAUUCCGGCAAAAGGUAAACAACAACAACAUGUGCUCAAACCAGUCCAGACAGUUCGGGCAACCAGAUCUAGCACAAAGUCGACCAGAUCAUCGUCUACGAACGCCAAGCAGAAGUCGAACACAAACACCAGACAGUCUACCAGAUCACAGAAAAGUGACAUCCCAAACAUUUUCCAAAACUUCGCACGUAAACUUUCCCCAGCUGAUGGUUUGGUGUCAGAUGUCAAAGUGACGCCAACCGAAAGUAAAGCAGCAAAUAAAGUAUUUUCAGAGGUGACAGAUUGCUGGGAUGAUCAUGACGGGUGUUCAUCCAAUACAGAAGAAAGUGCCUGCGCCACUCCAAAGACAUCUCAUGCGAAAGAAAAAAACGGACGUAAACGAAAGAAAGAUCAGAAACUUACUGACGUACAGCAGUUGUUGUCCACACCAUCUCAAGAAAUCUGUCUACAGGAAAAAUCUUUGGAAAAGAAAGGCCAUGCUAGUGUGAAGAAGAAACUGGUAAUGCCUAUGAAAGAAAAGGUUAACGUACAGGAGUCAAAAACGGAUGCCAGUCCUGCACCGGAGCAGCCAUUAGAUGAGAAUGUUGAUGAAGGCUCAUCAGAUGCAGUGCUACGCUUGGCUUCAACCAUGUCUCCACCAAAAGCCAUUUCUCCUCUCCCAUUGACACCUCAGCAGGGCAGGUCAACUCGCAGUAAGAAUGCUCCAGCUAAACCAACAUCCGAAAAAAUAUUGGCAGCUAUUGAGCAGUGCAAAGCCCUAACAAAAGACUCCAGUAGCAAGGAAGCUCCUCUGAUAGAUCCUACUGUUGUGAAGGCCAGAUUAGCGAAAUGUGGGAAGUUAGAAGAACUUAAAGCGCAACUGGCAAAGAUGAACUCUGCUAAAGCCAAACUAAAGCCUAAGAAAGUAAAGGAACCUGAAGUUGCGAAAGCGGACUCUCCAAAGCUGAAACCAUUUGACAGUCUAGACAUUGAAGUUGAGAAAACCAAAGAGGCUGAAGGAAAAAAGGUUCCCGCAUAUGAACGCUUCCAUCACCUGGCUACCUCGGAGGCCCCUGCGCUUUCCCUGCCCUACAAGUACAGAGUGUUAGCCGAAAUGUUCCGCGGAAUGGACACAGUGGUCAGCAUGUUACACAACAGAUCGGAGAUUAUCACCUUCUCCAAACUCAAGGUGGCUGUGCAGGCCAUGAACAAGAGAAACUUUGAAUUGAAGCAUGCGGGACAGAUUAAAACAGUUUUUCCUCAUGGGUACAUCUAUCGGCAAGAGAAGGGUUUGCCUUGUUAUGGUGGGAAGACCUCUGGCUAUCAGCUCACAGUGGAACCAAAUUUUCAUUUCAACACAAAUUCUGGUGAUGAUGAGAUGGUGAAGGCGGCCAAGGUGACCUUCACCCCGAGCCAUCUGCUGCAGAGAAGAGGAUUCUUCCACAACAGACUCAUCGCCAUAGUGAAGCGCUAUCAUAGGGAAUUUCUGUCUAAGCUAUCCAAGCCGUUAGCCAUCCCAGAUGAGAAAAUCACCCGAUGGCACCCUCAGUUUAAACUGGAUGAGGUCCCAGACAUGGAUAUUUCACCCCUCCCUGAAGCUCCAUUUGAGAAAAAGUACCACACCGCCAAGGAUGUCUUGGAAGCUACUAGAGGCAAAAUACUACCUCAGGUGGAGAGGGCUUUGGAGAAUGUAGCAGCAAGAAGUGAGAGCAAUAUACUUCAAUCUUCAGAGAGCAGUAGUAAGCUCCCUGCAUCAAAACCAGCUGUGAAAGGAGUACCUCAGAGCCUGCUAGAAAAGAUCCGAGCUAAGGAGGCUGCUAAACUGCAGGCGGCUCUGACAAGGAACCCAGCUGAGGAGAAACGAACACUGAUGAUGAGUCGUUUGCCUGAUAUGAUGCGAAUCGUCAGAAAUUAUUAUGUAACAGAAAAGAAGAACACCUUACCAAUGGAGAUAGUGAUUCAGAAGUUGCAGGACAGUUACAGAUCAACAAUCGCCUUGUCGGAUGUAGAGGCUCAUGUGAAGUUGAUGGUGGAGUUGACCCCGGACUGGCUAAGUCUGCAGCAGGUGCGUAAAGGCAGGUACCUAAAGCUGAACACUGGCCUAGAACUUUUGAAUCAGCAGGACAAGAUCAGGGCACUGGUCAAAGCCAGAAAGUGACCUCUCAGCAUCAAUCACUAGAUAACUCUGGCACUUUGGUAAUUGGAUGUGAAUGUGUGAUAUACAAACAGAGGAAUCUGAGCCAUUGUUACCAAAAUCAGAUUUCUCAGCGGUGUACCGUGUUACCAUAAAGAUGUCAUGGGUAAAAAAUGCUAGUGGAGUUAUUUUAAUCAGAAAAUAGGAAAAGGAAAGGGGUUUUAUUGAUCAGACUUUAUGGAGCAGAAUCUCGUGCCUUCAGUGACUGACAGAAUGUUUGUAGAAAAUCUGUCCAUUUUACUUUCAGUUUGCUGAAAAGCUACUGAAGUCCUCAUGCCUGCUAUAUCUCAAGAAUGACCAGAUAUAUCAUAAUAUGAGAACUUCGUGGGUUUCCUCCCACCAUAUGCUGGCUGUCGUAAUAUAAGUGGAAUAUUCUUGAGUCCAGCGUUAAGCACCAGACAAAUGAAUAAGUUAUCAGAACUAAUUUCUCUGUCACUGGAUCACCACGGUAUGGCAUCAGUAUUGCUGUCAAGUGGCACCAGCAGAUUUUGAGUUGUUAAUACCAUCUGUAUGUCUGAGCUAGAUUUUAGACAUUUUGUGAUGUGCAAAGUUAAAAAAGGUUUAGUAAAUGAAUUCAAGUAACUGAGUGUAAUACUGUUAAAUAGCUUCUUUUACAAAGUCAGUGUUUACGCAUUCUAGCAUGCAACUUUCACAUGGAGAAAGCCACCUUUUUGUACUGAAGAGAUUGACUUCAUUGAAGACCAUUCUUGCCAGUUUUACCUGAGGAACCUGUCUGAAUUAGAUUUUAUUUUUUUAAAACCAAAAUCCAGUCUCUCUUGGCUGUUUUGUAAACAUAACCUCAGCUGGUAUUAAUUUUUCAAUUUUGCAUCAGUAAUUUUUUUGCUGUCAAGACAGAACAGUUCAGCAUUGGAUAAAUAAUCAAAUCCAUCAAAAUAGUGGCAUGGAGUCAUUUUCAAAAUGACAAUUAGAUAUCGUGUUCAUUUUUCGUGCUAUGUAGAUGUAUAACUCCUAUUUUAUGCAUAGAUUUUUAUUAUAUUUUGAGAAAUUGCAUGUAAAAGUUUUAAGUAACUAGGUUUUAAUUUGUACUUUUAUGGUAAGCAUGGUAUCAUUCUUUGAUAGUAGUUCUGUUUUUACGACAUACGAUUCGUAAUUGGCCGUUGCAUUUGUGUUCGUACAUCAAUACUUGAUGUGAAUAGUGAUAGUAGAAAACCGAUGUGCACAAGGUCAUUAUUGUGCACAAGUUGUCAUAGGAUUGAAUGUAAUGUGAUGUUAAUUUUCACCGAUGAAGAGGUGAUUGAAAACCAAACCACACUGAACAUUUUGUGUGUUAUUUAUCUUGGAAUAUGAGAACAUAAUAGAACAUAAUUUUUCCAGCUCUGUUUUGCUGUUCGGACUUCACAAGGAUGAUCAGAUGAUUUCUGAUCUACGGUCUCAAUGUGCAUGCUUUUUAACGAUGAAUUAUUGUAAAUCUAAUCGAGAGUAACGGAAUCAUGUUUCUGGUCCUGUAGAAUAAGAGUAAUAAUAUAACAUCAUC